AAAUAGAGGUUUUCGCAAAAUUAAGGGGACAUAAAGAGGGGACAAUUCAUUUACUAUAACCAUUACCAAGGUAACAGCCUAGUCCUCCUGUCUCCUUCUCUCUCACUCCCUGCAAACUCAAAUCCCUCCUUCCGUUUCUUUACAUCACUCAAUCGCAGUUUGUGGAGGUUUCUCUGCUCAGAUGUCCAAUAAUCCGCAAUUUCCAGGCUUACAGCCUCUUCGGCCCCCUAUAGCCGGUUCAGUGGAUCCUCCACGCAAUUUUGGUCCACCGAUGCCUGUUCAAUUCCGUCCUGUUGUUCCUACUCAGCAGGGACAGCAGUUUAUUUCCAUGCCUCCUCAACAUUUCCAACCUCCACCUGUUGGUCCUGGUGUUCCCCUGAUUGGUGUUGGAAUGCCUCCCCAAAAUCAACAUUCCCAAUUUUCUCAACCAAUUCAACAGUUACCCCCAAGACCUACUCAGCAAUUGCUGCCCCCAUCACAGGCAAUUCCUUUGCCAGUUGGUCGUCCUAACAUGCACAUCUCAUCUGAAUCAAUGAUGCCUCAGCCUGAUUCCCAAGCUCCAAAUGGCUACACGCCUGGUUUAGGUGGCCCAGGAAUGCCACUCUCUUCAUCAUAUACGUUUGCAUCAUCCACUUAUGGUCCAGUGCAGACUAAUUUCAAUUCUACCAGCCAAUUCCAACCUGUUCCUCAAAUGCAUCCUCUUACUGGUUCUUCGUCCCAGAGUAUUACCUCUGGCACAACUCUUCAGAGCAAUGGCGGACAACCUCCAGUUACAACUGUCAUGCCUUCGGCUGCCAUUGUCCAGCCACAGCUUGCUAAGAAUGGCUCCACAGAUUGGAUAGAGCAUACUUCUGCUACUGGAAGGAAGUUUUAUUACAAUAAGAAGACUAAAGUAUCUAGCUGGGAGAAACCUUUUGAACUGAUGACUCCUAUUGAGAGGGUAGAUGCAUCAACAAACUGGAAGGAGUAUACCAGUCCUGAUGGAAGAAAGUAUUACUACAACAAGGUCACAAAGGAAUCAAAGUGGUCAAUUCCUGAAGAACUGAAGUUGGCCCGUGAGCAAGUUGAAAAGGCAAUGGUCAGUGGAACACGUCCUGAAGCAAUACUGAAUUCUCAUGCUCAACCUGCUGCAACCCCUUCUGUGAUUGAAGCAACGCCUAGUGCCGAUAAUUCAUCUUUAACGGGUCAAGGAGAGCCAUCAAGUCCUGUUUCAGUUGCUCCAGUUGUUACUACAUCUAUAAGUAAUCUACAAUCUGAGAUGCCUUCUGGAUCAUCUACUUCUCCUUCUGCAACCCCUAUACCUGGAACAAAAGUGGAUGAGCUUGAGGCACCUGUAAAUAUUGUCACACCAUCAGAUAAUAGCGUGGGAAGCGAUAGAGUUUUUGUUACUGAUAUUAAUACUUCUAAAACACCAAUGAAUGACGCUACCAACAUUCCAGCUCAAGAUACUCUAGGGUCUCCUGAUGGAGUUCCAGUAGAAGAUAAAGAAGAUGGUAAGAAUGAUUUAAUAGGGGAGAAAGGUAUUGAUGUGACUGCAGAAACAAAAUCAGUUGAACCAGAACCCUUAGUUUAUGCAAAUAAGAUGGAGGCUAAAGAUGCAUUCAAAGCACUCUUGGAGUCUGUAAAUGUUGGAUCUGAUUGGACUUGGGAUCGGGCAAUGCGAUUAAUAAUUAAUGACAAAAGGUAUGGUGCCUUAAAAACACUUGGAGAAAGGAAGCAAGCUUUCAAUGAGUACUUAAAUCAGAGGAAAAAACAGGAAGCAGAAGAAAAACGUAUGAAACAGAAAAAAGCACGGGAGGAUUUUAAAAAGAUGUUAGAAGAAUCCACAGACUUGACUUCAUCCACUAGAUGGAGCAAAGCAGUGUCUAUAUUUGAAAAUGAUGAACGAUUCAAGGCUGUAGAACGUGAUAGAGAUCGCAGGGAUAUGUUUGAAAGCUUCUUGGAAGAACUUAUAAACAAGGAGCGAGCUAGGGUGCAGGAGGAACGGAAGCGAAAUAUAAUGGAAUACAAGAAGUUUUUGGAGUCUUGCGACUUUAUAAAGGCUAGCACACAGUGGCGAAAAGUUCAAGACCGCUUAGAGGCUGACGAAAGAUGUUCUCGUCUUGAAAAGAUGGAUCGCUUGGAAAUAUUUCAAGAUUAUUUACGUGAUUUAGAAAAGGAAGAGGAAGAGCAGAAGAAGAUACAAAAGGAAGAGUUGAGAAAGACAGAACGUAAAAAUCGUGAUGAAUUCCGUAAAUUGAUGGAGGAACAUAUUGCUUCAGGCAUUCUCACAGCGAAAACUCACUGGCGUGAUUAUUAUUCGAAGGUGAAAGAUUUACCUGCUUAUCUAGCAGUGGCAUCAAACACCUCAGGUUCAACACCAAAAGACUUGUUUGAAGAUGUUGCUGAAGAGCUAGAGAAACAAUAUCAUGAAGAAAAGAGUCGAAUAAAAGAUGCAGUGAAGUUGGCAAAGAUCACAUUAUUGUCAACCUGGACUUUUGAAGACUUCAAAUCAGCUUUAUCAAAAGACAUUAGCUCUCCUCCAAUAUCUGAUUUCAACUUAAAGCUAGUGUUUGAUGAGCUACUAGAACGGGCAAGGGAGAAGGAGGAGAAGGAAGCUAAGAAACGUAAACGUCUUGCAGAUGAUUUCUUUCAUUUGGUAUAUUCUAUCAAGGACAUUACUGCAUCUUCAAAGUGGGAGGACUCCAGACCAAUCAUUGAAGAUAGCCAAGAGUUCAGGUCUAUUGGAGAUGAGAGCAUUUGCAAGGAAAUAUUUGAGGAGUACAUUGUGCAACUGAAAGAAGAGGCAAAAGAGAGUGAACGGAAACGGAAAGACGAAAGGGCAAAGAAGGAGAAAGACAGGGAGGAAAGAGAAAGAAGGAAAGCCAAGCAGAGAAGGGAAAAAGAGGGAGGGCGUGAAAGAGGGAAAGAGGAGGCACACAAGAAGGAUAAAGCAGACAGUGACAGUGUGGAGUUAACUGAGAUCCAAUCCUCCAAAGACAACAAAAGAUCUGAAGAUGAUACUAGAAAGCAACGGAAACAGCGUGAAAGUCCGGAGCAUGAAAUGGAUAAAGAGAGGACUAAGAAAUCUCAUGGUCAUGGUAGUGACCGCAAGAAAUCAAGACGUCACUCAUCUGGCCAUGAAUCAGAUGAAGGACGGCACAAAAGACACAAAAGAGACCACCGCAGUGAUUCUCAUAGAGAAGGUGAUCAUCAUGGGGAGCUUGAGGAUGGGGAAUUUGGUGAUGAUGUGAAUAGGUGGUAGUCUUGUUAUUUUAUUCAAACUCCUAUGAUUACCUUUUUUUUAUCUCAAUAUGUAUUAUUUUUUUAAAAAAAUUAUCAAAAUAUAAUUUUUGAAGAGAACUUCCUUGUAUCCUAAUUUUUGCACUGAUGAAUUUGAUACCGGAAGGAAAGGUUAAGUUCUCUCAAGCAGAGCCCAAUUUGCUGUAACUUGCUUUGGUUGAUAAUGGAUUUCCUUUUUAUUAAAUUUUAACAUGAUCAAUGUCAAAUCUAGUAUCUAUCUCUCUUUUGACAGACAUUAAAUAUACGGGGCGUAUUUAAUGCCUAUCAAGAAAUUGAUAGACCCAGGAUUUAAAUGACUUAUUAAGUAUAUGUGAAUAUCCACUCUUAUUAGUAUC